UGAAGUCGCUGUUUCUUUACGGAGAAGAUUUACAGUCGUACUCUUCAGCUUCCUGUUUUGUUUUUCUGUCGCUCGGCUUCGGGUAGACAUGGAAGAAUUUGCGAGGCGCGGAGACAGCCAGAGCCUCCCCGUGAUAAAACGCGCUCUCUUUAAACACCGGUGGACCUGUUAAACCCCGCAGAAGACACGGGCAGCAGUACCGAGCCUCACCCGUCCCUGGUGUCCGCGACAUGGCUCUCAGCUCGGGCGGCUGGGCUCCACCAGCCCCGAUUCCUGCCUCGUCCCCACAGGCUGCAUGCGGCGGCCCUGCACCUACCGCCUGCUGCAGUACAGUUUUAAUGUCCGUCCGUGUUUCGGUGUGCCAUUCCGGGAUCCGACCGCUGUACCUCCCCGGAGCGGGCAGCGAGGCUCUGCGCCUGCAGCUCAGCAUGGACCCGAGCCGGGCCGGAGAGUUCCGACUGGCUUUACGCGAUACGAGCGGAAACCGCAGUGUGUUUAUUGCAGAGUUUGACCUGCGCUCUGUGCAGUAUGAGGUCAAGUCCUCUCGCUGCCAUGAGAUGCGUCUUGUUGCUCCGCCUCACGACUGCAUCCGCUUCAACUUCCGCUGCGACCGAGAGGCCGAGGAGUGGGCCACCGUGAUGAUGUCUUCACUAAGAGAGGCACACAGAGUUGCAAAUGUGGAUACAUAUGAAUCCGACAGCAAACAGAACAACACGGCAGCGGCGAAGGAGCAGUGGAGCUCAGCCUCGCUCCCGCUGAGCGAGGAGCUGUGUUUGGAGCUCACCAGGGCAAUCGAAGCCGGCGACACGCAAGCUGCUUCACAGCACGCGUCCGCGCUGGCUCAACAGAAAGCGUCGCUGACGAUACAGCUGUCGGAAAAAAACUACGCAGAUGGGGAAAUCAGUUUAUCUGUGGUGGUGGAGGAUGUCUCGUCAUCCUGUUGUGUCACAGUGAAAGUGUUUCCCUACAUGACUGUGGCUGCACUCAAGCAACAGGUAUUUCUCGAGUACGGUUUCCAUCCUCGCGUCCAGCGCUGGGUGAUUGGUCAGUGUUUGUGCACCGAGCCGAGGUCAUUAGCUUCCUACGGGGUGCAGAAGGAUGGCGAUACAGCGUACCUAUACUUGAUCUCUGCCCGGCAAGCCCGGAUUACCCGCCACCUGUUCCAGCAGGACCUGGAGAGUGCCCUACUCACCACACCUCUCCCCCCAGGCAACGGCCCCACCUCCCAGGACUGGAGGGGUUACAACACCCUCCCCUCGAGGCUUCCCCACAACAACCAGGGUACAGGUGGAGGGAGCGACAGAUCAGGUGACAUCAAAGAUGUUCUCGACAUUGAGAAGCUGCAGCUGAAUGAUCAUACCAGCAAAGCGAGUAAAACACAGCAGACAGAGUGGGCAUGUCCCUCGUGCACUUUCAUCAACAAGCCAUCUCGUCCCGGCUGCGAGAUCUGCGCUACAGCCAGACCUGACACACAGAGCUUUAUCCAGCAGGAGAAAGGAAGGCGAGAGGAUCGGGGAGAGUCUGGUUUAAGCAGCAGCUGACUGCCCUUCAUCACUGUCCGGUUUUCACUUCUCACUCACUCGCACGCACACAUACAUACACACAGAGUGAGAAGGCUAAUUCUGCCACUUACAUGUUGACAAAAUACUUACAUGAAGCCUGUCAAGUGCACUGAGAGUCCUCUGACAGCUGGCUGGCUGCUGAAGACGGGGCCGUUUGAAGCGCUGUAGCAUGACGCAGAGCUGCACCCUUCGCUGCUCAGACGAUGAACUGCUGACACGAAGCUUUGACAGUUUAUAUGGACAUGACCUGACCAUGACAUACUUCUGCAUCAGGCCAGAUCUCCUUGCUAUUUAUUUUACUGUGUGCGUGCGUGGGUGUUAGUGUGAGUGUGUGUGUGUGUGUGUGUGUGUGUGUGUGUGUGUGGAGCAAGCAACACAGACAGCCUAAUAUUUAUUUUAGGUGGGAAGAGAAGGGAGGUAAAUUUGAUUGGAGCUGAAUUUGUGGAAAUGUCAAACUCCGGUGUCUGCCAACUGUGAAGUGAUAAGAAAGGUUGAAGCCUUGUGCAAUACCCUAUUCUGUCUGUUAAUAUGACAUCUGUUGGUGCCAAAAGAAUAUUAAAAGUGUUUUUAAAAUAAAAAAGAAGCAGCAGUGGCUGUAAAGAGAAGGAUUUGUGAUGCAUUUACAGGGUUGUUGAGUGCUUUUAUUUUUGUAUAACAUUGUAUUACAUGUAUUAUUUUUACCAGAGGAGCAUUGAGUAAUUGUACAUUUUAGCAGCUGAUCUAAUUUGUUUCUUUGAGAUGUGACAGCAAAAGAAUGAUCUGUUUUCAGUACAUAAUACUGUAAAAGCUCACAUUAUCUGAAUAAACAAAAUGGAAUUAAAAUAAAUGCAGUUUUUUCUGUUCUUGUGAGAUCUACAAACGUCGUGUUAUUAGGCACAGCCUGCUAGUAACAGGUUGGACCUCUGUUUGCCUUCAGAAUUAACUUAAUUCUUCAUGGCGCAGAAUCAACAAGGUGCUGGAAACAUCCAUCAGAAUGGCAUGACAGCCUCCUACGGAUGCUGCACAUCUGUCAGCUGCACAUCCAUGAUGUGAAUCUCCUGUUCCACAUCAUCCCAAAGGUGCUUUGUUGGCUUGAGAUCUGUGAUUGUGGCGGCCAUGUGAGUAGAGUGAACUCAUUGUCAUAUCAAGAAACCAGUUUGAGAUAAUUUGAGUUUUCUGACAUGGUACGUUAUCCUGCAGCCAUCAGACGAUGGGUCCACUGUGGUCAUGAAGGCAUGAACACGGUCAGCAUCAAUACUCAAGAAGGCUGCGGUGUGAAUCGUAGCCUCAGCUUCCUGCUCCUAGGUAAACAGAAUCUGGUGUGAUCUUCUGCUGCUGUAGCCCAUCGGCUUUAAGGCUCAAGAUGCUCUUCAGCAUACUUGGCUGUAAUGUGGUUAUUUCUAUUAUCUUGAAGCAGUGUGGUCAUUCUUCUCCAACCUCUAGCAUCAAACAGGCAUGUUUAACCAGAGAACUGCAGUGCACUGGGUAUUUUGUCUUUGACCGCUCUCUGUAAACCCUCCAGAUGUUUGUACAGGGCCUUUGUGGAAGUCCUUUUAAUCUGUGGCAACAGGUCUGAAAUCUUUCUGUAGGAAAAGUGUCAUUUCACUCUUUUUUUGUGUUUUUCUACACUAAAAAAACUAUUUUUCAUCCAUGU